CGGAAAUGAAAUUUUCUUCUUUAUAAUUCACGCAGUUGUUGAAGAAGCCGGAACGUUUUCCAUUGCAAUCCUCAUUAAAAAAUAACUAAUAAACGAAAGCAAUUAGCGAAUUGUUGGUGAUUAAAUAUUAUCGUUUAGUCUUCUAUUGUCCAGAGAGUGACGACAAAACGCAGGAAGUCUGAGCUUUGGGCGAUCCAUCUGUCUUAAUUAUUUCAUCGGCUUGAGUUGUAUUUUUUGCGCUAGAAGGCGACCGUCCAGCAGGGCGAUACCAUUUUAUAUGACUUUUCCUCGACGACAAGAAACAUCCAGGAUAUUAUCCAGAAGGAAAGGAUCGGUGUGCAGCAAAGGCGGCGGUAACAGGACAUUGUCCCGGUGUCUCAAAGACGGCAGCAUCAUCCCUGUCACUUGGAAUAACCGUUUAAUACAAUUAAGUAGUGAAUUGCCGACUACGUCGUGGGAUUCACAUUUUCUUAUAGGCACAAGCAACGGACAAGCAGCGUGUAUGAUCAUUGAAGACAAUCCCCCUCUGCCCACCAGAUCGAGGCAAACCCUGCACCAAGAUACCACCCAACGAUUUUUAAAUUUGGUCCUGCCUAAACACAGGACCACAAAAUUUUCAAGUAACAGGCAUCGAAAGCUGCAACCGUUCAGAGAAACGUGACUGUCGACACUGGGUAGAGCGGUGUUCCGAAUCGCAAGAAAAGAAAAGCAACCUGACGCGACACGUUUCGAGCUACCAUUUGGUAGCCAUUUCGCA